CGUCCUGUUGUCACCUGGUGGCGAGACAAGCGGCUGGUGGACUCGAACUUCAGCUUUGUAGGAGACGGCACUGUCGCUCGCAAUUGGCUUGAGAUCGGCGAACUCAAGCGCUCGGACUUUCUCAGCGUGCUCACCUGUCAGGCGGCAAACAACAACGUUACUGUGGCAGUGUCAAGAACGAUAACCUUGGAUAUGAACUUGAUACCACUGGACGUGGCCAUCCAGCCUCCUCGCCAUCCGCUGUCAGCGAGUCAUCCGGUGGAGCUGGUCUGCUCAUCCACUGGCUCGCGUCCUCCAGCACUGCUUACGUGGUGGAAGGGAGACGAACAGCUACUCUCGGCUAAGGAGCAUCAGGGCGGCAACAACCAUGAAGGAACCAGCUCGAGCGUUCUACUCUUCACUCCCAGGAGAGAAGACAACGGCGCAGUGCUUUCGUGCAGGGCCGAGAACCAGUUUAUACAAGGCAGUGCCAUCGAAGAGGGAUGGAAGCUAGACGUGUUCUACAAACCUCUGGCAUCACUUCGCUUAGGUCAGAAUCUGCGGGAAGAUGACAUCCGUGAAGGUCGUGACGUGUACCUUGACUGUGACGUGGACGCCAACCCUCCGGCUAAUGAAGUGACGUGGCUCUUCGAGGGGCAGGAAGUCACCACAAACACCAGCGCUGGUGUCAUCGUCAGCAGUCGGUCACUGGUGAUGCAGAAGGUGCACCGGUCGCGCCGUGGGCGGUACAAGUGCAUUGCUAUGAACCGUGAAGGCCAUGGCACCAGUAACGUCUUCAUGCUACGCAUAAAGUACGCCCCCGUGUGCAGGCAGGACCAAAAGCACAUAUACGGCGUGUCGCGUCACGAGUCCGUGUCCGUGCGCUGCGAGUUGGAGGCUGAUCCGACGGACGUGACCUUCCACUGGCGCUUCAACAGCUCCUCGAGUGGCAAGCGCCUAGAACUGGCCAGUUACAGCCACGCCCUGACACGCAGCACGGCGCUCUACUCACCGCUGAACGAAGACGACUUUGGCUUCUUGCUCUGCUGGGGCGAUAACGAAAUCGGCAAGCAGCAGAUACCCUGCAACUUCACCAUCGUUCCAGCCGGCCCUCCGGAGCAGGUGAACAACUGCAGUCAGAUCAAUGGCACCGAAGACUCGGUGUCCUUCGAGUGCUCCGAAGGUUUCUGGGAUGGCGGCGUGGCGCCCGUUACGUUCGUGGCUGAACUACGCGAGGCCGACACCGACCGGCUCGUGGCAAACGCCUCUUCCAUGUCUGGACCGGCAUUCAGCUUCAGCGGCCUCGAAGGAGGCGCUACCUUUCGGGUGUUCCUCUACUCGGCCAACCCCAAGGGACACCGGUCUCCCGUAGACUUCAUCGUCAGCACACUGCGGCCAGCUGAGAAGCUAACGGCUGGAAGCCGGGGUAUGAUCACCGCUUGGCCAGUAAUAGGAGCGCUUCUCGGCCUAAUAGUCACACUGCUUAUCGCAGCAGUGGUGAUUGUGGUGUAUGUCAAGUACAAAUACCUGAAGAGGAAGCGAGACACAUACACUGAGCCUGGCGAUGAAAAAUCCAACACCCUUCUGAAGAAGGAGGCUGACGACUUCACGGACGUUGAAGAGAAGGGUCCCGACAUCAUACCAGAUACUCCACUCUGCCAAGUUACAUAUAAAUCUUACGGUUGCGAUCAAGAUGAAAAAGCAGAGUAUGCAAAGGAGCCUCUAACGAACUACUGCACUCUUCCUGCAUCCACAAGGAAGGCUGGCGCAGCCGAAUUUCCAUGGAGAAGCCACUGUACCAAUAACGAGGAUCGAGCGUUGGGAGCUUCGGGUGUCGAACUGGCUUUUCCAAUAACAGCACGCCGACUGGGUCCCGUCGGGUCCACCGCGAGCUUGCCUCGGCCACAGCGCUUCUACCUGGACCAGGUGUCACCGGACGGCAAUGGCACGGGUCCCGUGGAUUUCCCUCGCAGCGGCGUGCUCAGACCACUGGCGUCAGCGCACAGGCUGCCUCGUCGCUCACGCAGCAACCUGGAGGACUUCGGUUCAGUGCUUUCCAACGACUCACUCGAGAGCACAGUCUGAAGUGUAGCGGCGGAUGUUUCACAGUGUUC